UUGCGGGCAGAGCAGUGCGCCUCAACUAUCCACCGGUUUAGCUAAUAUUUGUGAAGCUAACGUGUGUUUUUCCGGCUCUUUUUCGGUUUUUAGGGGUUUAUAAAGAUGAGAUUAGAGUGUGUUUUCGCGGCUCUCUGCCUCGGAGUGGGAGUCAUGGCUGGAAAAUACUCUCGGGAGGUGAACGAGGCCAAACCGAGCGGCAGUGAUGGGCAGCCGGUGGAGUUCAGGAUAGCUAAACUGAACCAGGUGUGGGAGAAAGCCAAGAGGAUGCAGUUGUCCCCGGUGCGGCAGGCGGAGCUGCACAGCGACCUGAAGAUCCAGGAGAAAGAUGAGCUGCAGUGGAAGAAAAUGAAGGUAGAAGGCCUGGAUGAGAAUGGAGAGAAAGAGGCACAACUCAGGCGCAACUUCAACGUGAUCCUGGCAAAGUACGGGAUGGACGGAAAGAGAGACACGAGGCCACGGGAGAGCAACUCGCUGAAAGACCACGACAUCAAAGAGGGAGACGUGUUCGACGACCCCAGACUGGACAAACUCUGGAACAAGGCCAAGAACUCCGGAAAGUUCUCCACCGAGGAGCUGCUGAAUCUGAAGAGGGAGUUCCAGCACCACAAGGACAAGAUCCACGAGUACAACAUCCUCAUGGACACCGUGAGCAGGACGGAGGAAAUCCACAAGAACGUGAUCUCCGACCUGGAGGGAGACGCCAAGGAGCACCUGCUGCAGCAGAAGCACACGGAGCUGAAGGACAAGAUGAGAGGCCUGAACCAGGGCUUCGAGCGCCUGCGGAAGAUCAGCCACGAGGGCUUCACCGACGACAGCGAGUUCCGAGAGCCCCGCGUGAUCGAGCUGUGGGAGGCCGCCAAGCGAUCCAACCUGAGCCGAGACGAGCUGGACUCUCUGAAGGAGGAGCUGUGUCACUUCGAGACCAAAGUGGAGAAGCACAGCCACUACCAGGAGCAGCUGGAGCUGUCCCACCAGAAGCUGCAGCACGUGGAGAGUCUGGGCGACAAGGAGCACAUCCGGAGGACGCAGGAGAAGUACGACAACCUGGCCGAGAAGACCAGGGACAUGGGGUACAAGAUGAAGAAACACAUGCAGGAUUUGGCCAACAAGAUUUCUCGCCAGGGUCUCCAACACAACGAGCUCUGAGAGGGGAAGGUUCAGCGAGCUCACACACACACACACACCCCUUCAUUCCCUUUUAGCUCCUGUAAAGAAAUCCGUGUUUUUUACUGUUUUUUAGGUACAAAUUGAAUGAAUGAAAUUCAUGUUGAUUGUAAAUACUAUGCAGAUGACAUUUUGUUGUGAAUCAGCUGUUGUGGUUGAAAGAAAUGGAUCAGUUUAGUGUGAAACUCUAUAGUGACAAAAUAAAACUAUAGAUUACAAUGUUGUAUUGCUUCUUUUCUUUGUCAAAAUUAGUGGAAUUGACUGUUUAAAAUUUGGCCUUCCAUUAAGUUCCUCUUGUUUGAAAAUUUUAAGAACUUUCUUUUUUUUACCGAUUUCCAAUAGAAAACUGUCUUAUUCCCGAACUCGUUUGUCUGAUCAAUACUCCGAGAGCGGGGAAGAGAAGCUCAGAAACAUUAAACCAGCAAUCUUUAUUUCGAUACAAGUGCCAACGAUACAAACUGACGUUUAAAAAAUAUAGUUUCAUAUAAUUCUGACCGUCUCAGCAUAAAUAAGUUAAUAUUUACAUAUAUCGUAGAGGAAGAACGUUUCCGUGGGGAAAUGACUUCUCCUCCUCUUCCUGAUGGAAAACUGAAGCUAUAAAAAAAAAAAAAUACACUCACAUCAAAUGUUGGCCGAUUUGUCCCGAUGAGAUCUAAAGAGGAGGCGAGAGAUUGGAGCAGGCGGCGCUCAUCACUUCCUGUCCGCUCGCACAGCCUCUCAUUAAAGAGAUGGAUGUCGUUACGGGCCGGCUCGGGAACAGGCGCGUCUGAAAUAACGUCGCCUUCAGUCAAGAUUUGACUCUCAGACGCUUCUUACUGACGAAGCUUCGCACUUCACGCCUGAUUGGAGUGGAAGCAGGUUGUGAAAGAAUCAUUUCAAACGGAGCGCACGAAAAUACAGGUGCAGCCCGAAAAAUGACACGGAACUCAAUGGAGGUGAACUGAUUUACACAGAAAUGAGUUCUAAAUAUUAGAAGCAUCUCAUUUUACAAACUCUUAACACUUAGAUACUGAAUUUUUCAGUCUUGUGAGCUAAAUUCAUGAUCUAAAAUGGAUUUUCGUAGUUUGAAUUAAACUAUUUUUGCAUUGAGAUGCACCUUUUAUGCCCAGUCGGAAUAAAGUAAAUCAGAAAUUCCCAACUUGUAAUCUAAACAAAUGAUUAAAAAAAAACAAAAAAACAGCCCAAGCUGUUGUUUAUCCGUCUCCCAUCUGCAGCAGUGAGCUCUGUGCUUCUUCCUCCGUCUCUUAAUUAAGGCCGUUUACACUCCAAGCAGUCGUCUUGAGAAAAAAGUAAAAAAGAAAACACACAUUUUCCACAAACCUUAACAGAUGUAAGUGCUAUGAAGCCAAGUAAAGUAACAUAUCAGGGCUUAAAAUGAGCAAUAUAAACACAAUAAUGUGAGAAAAACACUUAAACAAGACAAGAUGGCAGCUGCAUAAGAGACCUCCCAGACGUUUUUCUUUCUUUUUUCAAGUGGAAUGGACUGUUUGUGGGAAUUCACAGACACUGGCACCACUGUUUAAGUUCCACGAUGGACUGUGGCUCCGUUUAAGCUGCUGUGUGAACGAGGCCUUGGUGUGAGAUGGGUUUUUUUAAGUAGCUUAUUGAAGAUGGAGAGAAUGAAAACUGUUACGAAGUGGCGUCACGUCGGGCGUCGCAGAGUCGCUCCCUCUCCCCUGAGCAAGCUCCGCCCCCACCGCCACCGCCGCAGGACUGUCGUGGUGGGCGAACCCGGUGGAGCCCUCUUCAGCCGGUGCUGGGAAACAAGGGAAAGGUCGUUUAUAUAUGUGUAUUUUUCCAUCAGUAG